CGGGGCCUGGAGCGCAGCGGCGUGCGGGCGGAGAGCGAGCAGGAGCGCCGUGGAGAGAAAGGCGCUGAUGACAGCUGUCAGUGCCGACAAAAACCUCCUCACACUGCCCAAUACAACCCUGAAUGGCUCUCCCCUAAACCUCAAGGCGAUAAGGAACAAGACUCGGCCAGGAUUGCGACCUUUUUAAAAGGCGCCAGAAAAAAGCUUUACACAUCAGAUGCUUAGCUCCUAUGCUAAUGACGAAAUGGGGACUCAAGGCUCAGGCAGAAAACGUGCUCCUUUGAAAGAUCGAUUCUCAGCAGAGGAUGAUGCUUUGAGUAGCAUCGCUCGGGAGGCUGAGGCGAGGCUGGCAGCGAAGAGGGCGGCUCGAGCAGAAGCCAGGGAUAUUCGAAUGAAGGAACUUGAACGGCAGCAGAAGGAGCUUUCUUACCACUCAUCCAGCAGUAGCAACAAAAAAUGGGGUCAGAUCCACCAGUGGAUGGCCGAAACAGAAAAAGCCAGAGCUUCUAGUAGUAGUAGGUCCAGCAGCCGUCAUCAUCGGAGGCUGGAUGAUGACGUCAUGUCAGUCCACAGCUACAGGUCAACAUCCUCAGCUGUCCGGGACUUGGGAUCUAACAAGAGUCGAUCCAGUUCUCGUAAAAAGGAUCCAUUGUCCGAUAGCCUCUCCAAUAGGUCUCUGCUCAAGAGUUCCCGCUCCACUAGUUCUGUGUACAAUGACCUGCACAGCCACAAAAAGGGUUCAUCUAGCUCCUCCAAGAAGGACCUGCUGACUGGACUUUACCAUGAUCAAAGGACCUACUCCAGCCUUGCGAAGACCAAACCAACUCCUCUGUCCUCCACUUCCACCUAUCAGCCACGGAGCACCACUUCCUCAUCCUCCACCACUGGCACAGCGCUGCCUCGCAGCUACAGCAUGGCCUCCAUUUAUGAUGACACUGGUCUUUACGGCUCAGGCUACAGUUCAAGAGCUCCGUCUGAGUACAGCUGGUACUCCUCUGGAGCCAGCUCCACUCGCAGCAGCCCUGUGCACUCCUCAGAUGAUGACACAGUCAGCAGUGUGUCCCAGGAACGCUACAGCCGGAGCCGGAGGAACAGUGCGUCAUCUGACUUCUCGGACAUUAGCGAGUCAGCUGCUGAUUAUUUCAGCCGCUCCAACCGGAGGGGCAGUAUUGUCUCUGACCUUGAUGAUUUGAGCAUUCCAGAUUUGGACGGUCUGGAUGAAAAAUGCGACAAGCAGUACUCGGAUUACAGUCGGCCAUCGUCCCGCUGUGCCACUCCCGGCCUCUCAGCAGCCACCCUGGCAUCGCUGGGGGGAACGUCUUCAAGAAGAGGAAGCGCAGACACUGGUAGCGUCUAUGACCCUGACACCAGUCUCAGUGAGCUUCGGGAUAUCUAUGAACUAAAGGACCAGAUUCAGGAUGUAGAAGGGCGGUACAUGCAAGGGCUUAAAGAGCUGAAGGAGUCACUUGCAGAGGUGGAUGAAAAGUAUAAGAAAGCUAUGGUAUCGAACGCGCAGUUGGACAAUGACAAAGGGAACCUCAUCUAUCAAGUGGACACACUCAAGGAUGUGAUUGAAGAGAUGGAGGAGCAGAUGGCAGAGAUGAAGCGGGAGCUGGAAGACAAGUCGAAGGAACUAGAAAGACAGAAACACACAUGCUCAGUUCUGCAGCAUAAACAAGAAGAACUAAAAGAAGGAAUACGCCAGAGAGAUGAACUCAUAGAGGAGAGCCAGCGAAUGCAGACUAAGUUAGAUGCCCUCACCAGAGAGGUGUUUGAUCUUCAAGAAACAAUAAACUGGAAGGACAAAAAGAUGGCGGCCCUAGAGAGGCAGAAAGAAUACUUUGAUUGCAUUAGGAAUGAGAGAGACGAGCUCAGAGAUGAGCUCGCUGACAUCAAGGGAAAGUCCAAGCCAGGAGAGAAACAUGGGAUGGUCAUCAUCCCAGACGGCACACCAAACGGAGACGUCAACCACGAGCCGCUCUCCUCAGGGAUCACUCUGGUCUCCCAGGAGGCCGCUCAGGUGCUGGAGGCUGCAGGGGAAGGUCCGCUGGACGUCAGGCUACUGAAGCUGGCGGAGGAGAAGGAAGAACUGCUGGCUCAGAUCAGGAAGCUGAAGAAUCAGCUGGAAGACGAGAGACAGAAGCACUCGAAGGUGGACAGUGCUUACCCCGACGGGGAGAGGAUGGAGAACGGUACCGACUUGCACUUUAUCGAGAUGCAGAGAGAUUCCAACAGACAGAUAAGUGAAUACAAGUUCAAGCUUUCCAAGGCAGAACAGGAAAUGGGUACAAUGGAACAAAACAUUACUAGACUUGAAGGGCAAGUGUCCCGCUACAAGUCAGCAGCUGAUAACUCAGAGAAAAUAGAAGAUGAACUCAAGGCAGAAAAACGGAAACUUCAAAGAGAGCUUCGCACAGCUCUGGACAAGAAUGAGGAGAUGGAGAUGACCAACAACCACCUCGUGAAGCGGCUGGAGAAGAUGAAGGCCAACAGGAACGCCCUCCUCUCCCAGCAGUGAGGCCGGGCAGCAUCACCACAGACGCCCUUAAACUCGCACCUCCGACCUCUUACCUCUGCCGAGCUACGUCUGGAGCACAUUUCCGUUUUCAGCUGUAACAUUUUAAGAUCUGUAGCUAACCAAAAACACUUAGCGGGGACAACAAUUGAACUGUCUCUUCAUAUUUUUUUUUUUUGCUUGUUUUUUCGUUUGUUUGUUUUGUUUUGUUUUUUUAACCGGAAACAUUAAUUUUGUCCGACGGGCCGCCGGCGCUUUUCAAGGAAUCCCUCAGAAACAAAACUAAUACAGAUGUAAAGGCUGCCGGGAGAUGCAUCUGAGGACAUUUCUCUAGUCACUACUCAGUUUUCAGACAUUUGUACUACAUCAUGUUAUCCAGAAGUUGGGUGCUUGGCUUUUUCUUUUUUUUUUUCUCCUUUUUUGAUAAUUUGCAUGAAUGGGUAUUUUGAUGCUUUUAAACACCUACGGCUGCUCCGAGCCCGCACCUUCCCAGCGUCCCCUCACACAGUGAAGUGCCUUUUCACACUGGGAGUUCGGGGGUCUGCACCGCUAAAUGAAAUGUUUUAACAGGUACAGUAUGAUGUAUUAAAAAAAAAACUACAAAAACAAAAAAAGAAGUAGGUGCAGUCGUUAUAUGAACAUAUAUAGAAACAACUGUGUCUGAUGCGGUUUCUUUGAUUUCUUUUUUUUUUCUUUCCAAAUAUUUAAAAGAUUUCUUGAAAAUAAAUGUGUAAUUUGCAAA